AAUCUUAUCGGUGCCAAUAACUUUAUGAUUGGGUUGGCUAGUUCAUCCUUAAUUAGCUUACUGCAUGCACAAUAUUAGCUAGCUUUUCCUAUAUCUUUUGCUUUCUAGGUUUCUUUGCAAUGAUCAGAUACUGUAAGCAUCCAAGAACAGAUCAAAACAUCCUUUCCUUUUUGUUCAGUUUCUGUAGACACUGUAUUGGCCUUUGUUCAACAUUUCAACUCAACAAAGUGGAGACAUAUAGCAGUACGUAAUUGAGUUCUUAUAGUAAAGGAAUAGAGUUAACCUUUUUGCUACCCUCUUUCCUGGGUUUACUUCGGUAAAUGACUGAUUGUCCUGGUGUUUAAUAAAUAGAGGGCGGUGCUGUGUCCCAAGCAGAGCCCCGUACAGAGGCCAUUUAGAGGGAAUUGAAGGGCAAAUAAUGAGCAAGUGAGUCAGCAUGGACGUCUGGUCUAGUCUGCUUAAUCAAUUCCACGUCAGAUUUGCGGAAUUCCCACGUAACAUUAAUAAAUUUGCAGACACCAGAAGCAGAUUAGUUGCAUCUCUAGCUUCCAAUCAAAUAAUAUUCAAAGUGAGAUAGCUUUCUGAAGCAAAAGUACAUUUAAGAAUCAACAAGCUCGAUCAGCUCAGCUAGCACAGAAAUGGGUGAAGAAAACAAACCAGAGGAGAAGAAAGUGGAAGAAAAGAAGGAAGAAGAGCCAGCGGACAUUGUGCUCAAAGUUGAUAUGCAUUGUGAAGCUUGCGCCAGGAAAGUUGCUAGAGCCUUGAAGGGUUUUGAAGGAGUGGAGGAGGUAAGUACAGACAGCAAAGCGAGCAAGGUGGUGGUGAAAGGCAAGGCAGCAGACCCCAUAAAGGUGUGCGAGAGAUUACAAAAGAAAAGUGGCAAGAAAGUGGAGCUCAUUUCACCUUUGCCUAAACCACCACUCGCUGAGGAGGAGAAGAAAGAAGAGCCUAAAGAACCUGAGAACAAGGAGGAGAAAAAAGAGGAGCCUCCCGCUAUUGUUACAGUGACUUUGCAAGUUCGAAUGCACUGUGAAGCAUGUGCUCAAGUUCUACAGAAGCGAAUCCGAAAGAUCCAAGGAGUGGAAUCAGUACUAGCAGACGUUGGUAACGACCAGGUUGUGGUAACAGGUGUUGUGGAUCCGGCCAAGCUUGCAGAUGAUGUCUACAAAAAAACCAGAAAGCAUGUUUCCAUUGUGCCCAAGGAGGAGGAGAAGAAGGAGGAGGAAGAAAAGAAAGAAGAGAAAAAAGAAGAAACCAAAGAUGAAGGAGGGGAAAAGAAAGAAGGGGAAACAGAAGAGGGCAAGGGAUCAGAUGAUAACAAGAGUGUUGAUAUCAAGCGGAGCGAAUACUGGCCAUCAAAGUACUAUUCGGAUUAUGCAGACACCCCACAGAUUUUCAGUGAUGAGAACCCUAAUGCCUGCUCUGUUAUGUGAUGUUAUAUAACAUGUAGUCAUUUCUGUAACAUUUUGCCUAUAUAUGUCUAAUUAUGAAUCGAGUACGUAAUAAGACGCCUAGCCGCAAAAUAUAUUAAUUAAGAGUUUAAGACUACGUACGUACUUUCACUA